AUUUAGUUCAUUACGACAGACCGUAGAGUUAUUUGUAGCUGCUUUGAUUAAUUCAGAUUAUUUGGGAUUCUUUUGGAUAUAGGUUACAUUUGAAAUAGCAUACCAUACAUCUUUAUUUAUAUUGCUAAGGGUCAUGGCCAGUAAUUGGAGUCUUUGUGGUGUUUGUGAUCAUCUUCAUAUAACCAACCCGUCAGAAGUCUGGUGUUCCGAAUGCGGGGAAGGACUAUGCGGAGAUUGUAAAGAACAUCACGGUGUUUCUAAGGGAACAAAACAUCAUGAAACAGUUUUCAUUAUCGAUUACAAGAAAUUACCGACUGAAAUCCUUCAAAUCGCACAGAUGUGUGACAAGCAUAACAGUAAAUACGAGUUUUUCUGUAAAAAGCACGAUUGUGUAUGUUGUAAAUGUUGUUUGAAAUAUCAUAAAAGUUGCAAGGUUGAAACCGACAUCAACAAAGUAAUAAAAAACGUCAAAACUUCAAAUGCGUUCCAUGAAAUUGUUCAAUCCUUGCUCGAAGUUGUUGUGAAUAUCAAACAUAUAAGUUCUAACAGGGAAGAUAAUUUAACAUUGCUGGUAAACAAGAAAAAAGAAAUCGAAGAAGAAAUACAACAAACCAGAACCAAUAUAAAUAAUCACCUUGAUAAACUUCAGAAUGAUUUGAUGAAAGAAUUAAUGGUUACAGAACAAAAAGAAAGCAGCAAAGUACGAAAGUUGUUAACUACUUUAAAACAGAGGGAACAAAAGAUGGCAAAAUAUCAUAUGUUUGAUGUGGCAAUUAUUGGUAACGAUUCAAUUGCUGUAACAUCUGCCGAAUCAGACAAUAUAAAUAUAAUCGACAUAAAGAAGCGUAAAUUGAAGAAACCAAUGAAGGUAAAUUCGGGCAAUUAUGGAGUAGUAUACAAAGAGGGAAAUUUGAUUUGUUGUUCCAGGAAGAAAGGACUAAAGAUGAUAAGUCUUAGAGAUGAAUCUAUUAUAAAUGUUCUAAAUAUUGAACUACCUCCUAACGCGUACGUUACAACAUUUGCUGACAAACUGAUCUAUACAAAAGGCAACAAUAACAGUGUAACCUGUUGUGAUUACCAUGGCCAGAUACUAUGGACUUUCUGUGAUACAAGCGUUCUGAUUUAUCCACUCGGUGCCUCUGUAGAUAAUGGUGGUAAUGUGUUUGUAGUGGGAUAUGCUUCUCACAAUGUGGUCGUCAUCUCUGCCGAUGGACAACGCUGCAGGCAACUUGUAUCGCGAAGAACUGCUGGACUGAUUGAUCCGACAGUUCUGCACUAUGACCAACGUACCAACACAUUGUUAGUGGCUACGUCGAAAGGUGACGCUUUUUUGUAUCAUGUUACAUAAUCACGUCCUACUCACCGAGUAGAACAUUGCGUUCAUUUAGAUUUUGGAAUAUGUAUCAAAUUAAUCAUUUUGAUUCAUCUGA